ACAUUUGUUCAAACGAGAUCAAAAACGCGCGACAGCCGGCUGCGGCAGACGACAUCGCAACAAAUACGGAUUGCAAUUUAAAGUUUUUACACUUAUCCAGAAUUUAAUUCUGAAAUUUAUUUAGAUAAGUGCGGUGAAUCGUUUCUAUUUAAUAAAAAAUCCGGGAGUUGAAAGCCUGCGAAAACUUUUUCACGGAAGAUCAUUUCGUCUGAAUUUAGAACCAUGGGUGAACUAGGAGCGAAACUUGGUCUCGAUGAGCUGACUGGAGGAGCUGCCGGCAUCAGCAAAGCUUUGCUUGCGGAGUUUAUCGGUAAUCUGCUGCUGAACCUGUUCGGUUGCGGCGCUUGUAUCAACAUCAUUCAGGGCUCCAGUGCUCCUCCCAACAUCGUGCUUAUCGCCCUUGCCUUCGGUCUGGCGGUGUUCGCCAGUGUAUCGGCUAUAGGACACAUCUCAGGUGGCCACAUCAACCCAGCCGUGACCCUAGGUCUGGCGUCAACGGGUCGUGUAAAGAUUGCGCGUGCGAUUCUGUACAUCAUAGCGCAGUGCGCGGGCGCGGCCGCUGGCUCUGGUCUGCUAAAGGCUCUCACUCCUGACCGAGCUGCUGGAACCCUCGGAACCACCGGCCUCGGCGCUGACGUCACUGCACUGCAAGGCUUUGGAAUUGAAUUCUUCCUCGGAUUCGUACUAAUCUUCGUCGUAUGUGGGGUAUGUGACCCUAACAAACCUGACAGCAAGGCCACAGCUCCCCUGGCCAUUGGCCUGACGGUGACGCUCGGCCACUUGCUCGCUAUCGAUUACACCGGCUCUGCCAUGAACCCUGCCCGCUCCUUCGGUUCAGCACUCGUCGCCAACGUGUGGACUGACCAUUGGGUAUACUGGGCGGGUCCUAUUGCCGGUGGCAUAGCGGCUGCGCUAUUGUACGUGCAUGGAUUCUCAGCCCCCGCUGUAAGCACGCCCCCGCGCUACCGCUCCGUCGCAGGAGACGAGAAAGAGCUGAAGAGGCUGGACGGUAAAGGCGAAGACAUGGCUUGAGAGCGCCCGCGCCGGGCGGCGAGCCCCGCGCGCCCCGCAGCGCGGGCACUCGAGCGACCCGCGCCCGGGGCCCCGCUCGCACUCCACCACCACCUAUUGAUACAAAACAAACAACAGCUUUAAGUGUACCUACAAUAGCUGACAAACUAUAGUGCCCCUAUGAAGGACGCUAUCCACACGAACCAACCACAGUUAUAAGAAAUCUGAUAUUUGGAAUCUUAUCUCGUGUCAAACGAUAUCAAGUCUCGGAGUCAUUCUCAUUGCUCUGCUGAGUAUAUUGUGGAGUGUACUAGUGUAGAGACUUCUUGGUAAGAAGCCAAUCGACCAGUUUGUGUCCACACAUACAAAAGUGUGUACAUUGUAAAUAAUAUCUUUACAUCGUAUUUAUGCAGAACUACAAGCUUAUUUCGUGUUAAGUAUUCGAACAAUUUUGAUAUCCGCCCCAUACUUUAAUAUUAAGUUUAACGUAAAAUGUUUUAAAUGUGUUUGACGAUAAAUUAUAAUAAAAUAAUUGAGAUUUUUAUACUAUUUGAUAUUUGGGAUUAUCAAUCUUUCUAAAUUUUACGCGUAGGGGACAAGGGAGCCAAGAAUAUGACCUUCCAAAAAUCUCACUGUGUGGCUCCCUUACUAGUGUAGUUUAAUUAAGUACCUAUAAAUUACUUUAAAGUAUUUUGUUUACUUCAAAUCGACUUACAUUCGCAUAUUUACGUCAUACAUUUAAUGAGGAUACACACGUCCAUGUAAAACCUUUACAUUACAUUUACCUUUACAAAAUAUACCUACCUACUAAUAAGCAAAAUUAAAUGUACCUUUUUAUUAAAAUUCUAUUUUGAACAGAACAAAUGAGGUACCUACCUAUGUAAGUCGCUUUGUAAGCUAUUACCUAAGUAGUACAUAGAACCUAGCGAGUUUCAAACCGAAGUGUUCAAAGUUAUACCAACUUGAGAAUAAACAAAAUGAAUGAAAUUAUUUUAUAACUGAUUUGUGCGAAUGUCAAAUUAAUAGAUACGUAAGUACCUUAUACAUAUAAAUAUGAAUGUAAACGUUUUGUCUUGAUAAUUUAUUAUGGUAAAUAAAUAUGAUAUUAUUUUAA